AUGGAGGAAGCAAGACAGAGGUCAAGAGAAAAUUAUUUGAAACAAAGAGUAGCGAAACAGAUCGAACAACUCAAAGGAAAAAUCACUGAUAAAAAAUUACUUGAAGAAAGAGGUCUUGCAACUGAAUUAGAAAAAAUUGAGUUAGAUAACUUGCAAAAAACAGCAGAUUAUGUUCAAAAAUACAAUGCAACCGACGAAUCAUUAUCAGUUAACUUACGUGAUAGUACAGAAACAGGACGAACUUUAAAUGAAAGAUUGAAAUCUGCAGGAAGGCUUUCAGUUUUACAAGAUGCAUAUGCAACGAACAUUAAAAAGGAAACUACAUGGGAAAACGAGAAAAUUGAGUCUGCAUACAUGGAUAAAACUCAAAAACCAACAAUUUUUACUUUACCUCCACGAGAAGACUUAAUUGUAAAAGAGAUUGAUUAUACAGAAGUACAACAAUCACUUCCUGUUUUUAAGUAUAAGAAGACAUUACUCGAUGCAUUAGUCUCAAACCAUGUCUUAGUUGUUGUUGGUGACACAGGAAGUGGUAAAUCAACACAGAUUCCACAAUAUCUAUUAGAAAGAAGCCCGAAUGAAAGCGUUGUUUGUACACAACCACGUCGUGUCGCUGCAAUGAGUGUUGCAGCAAGAGUAGCUGAAGAAAGACAUGUUGAACUUGGUUUCGAAGUUGGAUAUGCAGUUAGAUUUGAUGAUAAAACAAGUGAAUUUACAAAAAUAAGAUAUAUGACUGAUGGAACAUUACUUAGAGAAUUUUUAGUUGAUCCUUUAUUAUCAAAAUACACAACAGUGAUGAUUGAUGAAGCGCAUGAACGCUCUAUUUCUACAGAUAUCUUGUUAUCUUUAUUAAAAGACUUGAUGCAAGUCAGACCAGAGUUUAGAUUAGUUGUUGCUUCUGCAACUUUAGAUGCUGCUUCAAUGUCUGAUUUUUAUGAUAAAUGUCCAAUUUUAACUGUUCCUGGAAGGAGAUUUACUGUUGAUAUAAAUUAUACUAAUACUCCUGUUGUUGACUAUGAAAUCGCUGCUAUUGAUACUGUUGUUAAAAUCCAUACAUCAACAGAAAUUGAACAACCAUGUGAUAUUUUAGUAUUUUUAACCGGACAAGAUGAAAUUGACAGAUCUGUUGCAAAGAUAAACGAAUUGAUCAGUUCUAAAGUGAUUAAUAAUAUAGAAGCUCUUCCUUUGUAUUCAGCUUUGCCUUCAGAAAGACAAUCAUUGAUCUUUAAACCUGCACCUAGAGGAACAAGAAAAGUAAUUUUUUCAACAAAUAUCGCUGAAACCUCUUUGACAAUUGAUACUGUUAAAUAUGUGAUUGAUUGCGGUCUUGUUAAAGAAAUGAGCUACGAUUCGAAGAACGGAUGCAGUAGUUUAGAUAGAGUUCCUAUUUCUAAAUCAUCCGCAGAUCAAAGAGCUGGAAGAGCUGGAAGAACAAGUCAUGGAAUUUGUUAUAGAUUAUAUACAGAAAGUUCAUUCGAAUUUGAACAUGAACAAAUGACAAAACCUGAGAUAAAGAGAUGUGAUUUUGCACCUACAUUAUUGCUGUUGAUAUCGAUGGGAAUUACUGAUAUUGUUAACUUCAAUUUUGUUGAUUCACCAGCAACAAAUAACAUCAUUUCUGCUUAUGAACAACUUGGCGCUUUGCAAGCAUUAGAUAAUGAUGGAAAUUUGACUGAAUUAGGUGAACAAAUGUCGCAAUUACCGGUUAGUCCAAUGUGUGCAAGAGCUAUAUUAAAGAGCUUCGAGUUGGGAUGCAGUGAAAGCGUUAUAACAAUUUGUUCUGUUUUGGAAAGUGGUUCUCCUUUGUUUUAUUUCAGUCAAAAUGAGUCAAAAGAUGCAAUUGCACACAUUAAACAGUUUUACGAUGAAGAAGGUGAUCACAUAAUGUGUCUGAAUGUAUAUAACCAAUGGGUUGAUGCAGAAUAUUCUCAGCAAUGGUGUAUAGGCAAUAAAGUACAACACAGAACACUUUUGAAUGCGAAAAAUAUUAAAAAUCAAUUAUCUGAUAUUUGUCAGAUUUUGAAUUUCGUUGAAGAUGAAAGUAAGAAGAAUGAGACAUCAGAGAAUAUAUCUCAUGCAUUCUGUAUGGGUUUCUUCCUUAAUUGCGCUCAAUUGAUGUCAAAUGGUUAUUACCAAACAUUAAGAGGUCAAGGCGAAGUAAAAAUUCAUCCAUCAAGUUGCUUGCUUCAGUACACUGCACAGCAAUAUCUGAUAUUCUAUGAAUUAUCCAAGACAACAGACAUAUUCAUGAGGACUUUGAUGAGAACAAAGCCGGAAUGGCUCAGAGAAAUUGCUCCAAGAUAUUUCGAAAAGAAUGGUAAUGGAGUGACGUUCAAAGGAAUCAAGAAUAUGAAGUAA